AUGGUAACAGGCAAACUAUCCCCUUUGUACAUCCUCCUGACAUCGGCCCAGAGCAUAAAAAGUGGCCCCUGUGAGACAUUGGGUGGGCUGCAUAGGAGUUGUGUUGUUUUCUUUAAAUAUAUUUUUAUUGGCUUUAGAGAGGAAAAGAGAGGGAAAGAAACAUCAGUGAUGAGAAUCAUUGGCUGCCUCCUACAUGCCCCCUUCCUGGGGACUGAGCCCACAACCUGGGCAUGUACCCUUGAUCAGAAUCGAAUCCAGGACUCUUCAGUCUGCAGGCUGACCCUCUAUCCACUGAGCCAGACAGCUAGGGCCAUAGGAGUUUUUUGA